CAAGAGUGUAAUAAUUAACAGUUAACAAUCUUCUCAUGUCCAAAGCAUCGGAUGGUAUGGGAAUGUACGUAAGUUUCAGCUUAGAUUCCGUGGAGUGGUGAUAAAAAUUUACCUGCUCUGUUGACCAAUGCAACCAAGAACAUAGCAUAAUUGAGGAGUUAACAUAUGUCAACAAGGAGCGGAACUCUUCAAAUAUUCGUGCAUUCUAUCAUCUUGUAAAAUAUGGGGUUCUCUGGGCUGCAAUUUUUCCUGCCGAAGAAAUAUCCUGCCUACUCAAUAAUUCAUCGAUACCCUCAGCGGAUGUAAUGAGCACCUUGCUCACCGCGGACCACGAGCUUCCAGCUGUACGACCAUUUGCUACCAGAGGGCUGGCAACGCUGAUCCCUGAUGCUGCUCAAUGCUGCUGCUCAGUUUUAUUUUCGACUCGUGCCUGCGGUGUGCGUCUGCUUGUGCCGCUCCGCGUGGUUUGUCAACUUAACCUCAAACUUCUACUUGAAUUUAGAAAGUGUGAUACGUAAGGUUUUGAUUUUACAAUAUAACUUGAUUUUGUGAAAAACCUGUAUAAGUAUGGUGCGAAAAAAGAUAGAUAACAGGAUUCGCAUCUUAAUCGAGAAUGGAGUCAAGUUGGGUCACAGAACAAUGUUCGUUGUUGUCGGUGAUAAAGCGCGUGAUCAGGUGGUCAUACUACAUCAUAUGCUGUCAAAGUCGGUGAUCAAAGCACGACCGUCUGUGCUGUGGUGCUAUAAAAAAGAACUGGGUUUCAGCAGCCACCGUAAGAAGCGUAUGAAGUCAUUACAACAAAAGAUAAAAUCUGGGAAGCUGAACGUCAAUGAGGAUGAUCCUUUUGAAUUAUUUGUCGUUUCAACUGACAUCCGCUACUGCUACUAUUCCGAAACACAUAAGAUUUUGGGCAACACAUUUGGCAUGUGUGUUCUCCAGGACUUUGAAGCACUAACUCCAAAUCUGUUGGCUCGUACGAUUGAAACUGUGGAGGGAGGUGGAAUAAUUGUUUUACUCCUACAAUCUCUGAACUCUUUGAAACAGUUAUAUACAAUGACUAUGGAUGUUCAUCAACGUUUUCGCACCGAGGCUCAUCAGGAUGUGGUGUGCAGGUUUAACGAGAGAUUUCUACUUUCUCUUGCAUCUUGCAACCGUUGUCUUGUUGUAGAUGAUCAGCUGAGGGUGCUUCCGAUAUCCUCGCAAAAUUUGAAAAUUGAAACAGUAGAAACCACCAGAGAAUCUGAAGAGCAAAGUGAACUAGACAUAUUGAAAGAUAGCCUUCGUGACACUCAGCCUGUCUCUGCACUUGUUAAUUGCUGUAAGACUGUUGACCAGGCUAAGGCAUUGCUCACAUUUAUUGAAACAAUAUCUGAAAAAACACUUCGAUCUACUGUUUCUCUAACCGCUGCCAGAGGACGUGGAAAGUCCGCAACAAUGGGUCUUGCUGUUGCUGCAGCUGUAGCAUUUGGCUACUCUAACAUAUAUGUUUCUAGUCCGAGCCCAGAGAAUUUGAAUACAUUCUUUGAUUUUGUUUUUAAAGGAUUUGACGCUUUGGCAUAUCAGGAACAUUUAGAUUAUGGACUUGUACAGUCAACUAAUCCAGAAUUCAAUAAAGCAACUGUUCGGGUAAACAUUUUCAGAGACCAUCGACAAACCAUUCAGUAUAUUUAUCCAACCGAUGUACAGAAACUAAGUCAAGCAGAGUUGCUUGUAAUUGAUGAAGCAGCAGCGAUACCGUUGCCUUAUGUCAAGGCCAUGCUAGGGCCUUACUUGGUAUUUCUUGCUUCCACAAUAAAUGGGUACGAAGGUACUGGACGAUCUUUAUCCUUGAAACUGUUGCAACAAUUGAGAAGCCAAACGUCGGGAUCAAAUAAACAUGACAAGAGUUUCCAGUCUAGUAAAGAUACUCAGACAGUUGGAAGACAGUUGCAUGAACUUACACUUGAAGAAUCUAUCAGAUACAAGUCUGGUGAUUCUGUUGAGCAGUGGCUCACUGAACUACUUUGUCUUGAUGCAAUGACGCAAGCUCCUAUUCUUUCUGGCUGUCCACCUCCUGAUACUUGUCAAUUGUAUUACAUCAACAGGGACACUUUAUUCUGCUACCACAAAGCUUCGGAAAUGUUUUUGCAAAGGUUGGUUGCAUUGUACGUCGCUUCACAUUAUAAAAAUAGCCCAAAUGACCUGCAAAUGAUGUCGGAUGCUCCAGCACACCAUUUGUUCUGCUUGUUGGGACCUGUUGACCCAAACAAAAAAGCAUUGCCUGAAAUAUUAGUAGUAAUUCAGUUAUGCUUAGAAGGUCAAGUCAGCAAAUCUACGGUUGCAGAUGGUCUUGGAAGAGGACGGAGAGCUGCUGGUGAUCUUAUUCCGUGGACUAUUGCUCAGCAGUAUCAAGAUCAGGACUUUCCUACACUUGCAGGAGCGCGAAUUGUCAGAAUUGCAACACACCCUGAUUAUCAAGCGAUGGGAUAUGGCACCCGAGCAUUGCAACUUUUGAAACAAUAUUAUGAAAUGAAAAUACCGAACAUUGAUGAAAAGGUCGAAGAACCAAUUACAGAAAUCUCACACGUCCAGGUUGAUGAAGUAUCUUUACUCAAAGAAACUGUUGAACCUCGCAACUCGUUACCACCUUUGCUGCUGAAAUUGAGCGAGAGACGCCCUGAGCCUCUGGAUUACAUCGGCGUAUCAUUUGGCCUCACUGAACCACUUCUCAAAUUCUGGAAGAGAGCCAAUUUUGUUCCCGUUUACUUACGGCAAACAACAAACGACUUGACUGGAGAGCAUUCUUGUAUUUUGUUGUGCAAACUGGGAAGUGAUCAGGAAGAAACCAGUAAUUGGAUAGAGGCAUAUUCUAAGGAUUUCCGUCGUCGAUUUAUAUCACUUCUCUCAUUCUCGUUCAGCUCAUUCUCUCCAUCUCUUGCACUUAGUGUUCUCAUAAAUAAGGCUAUUCCAGUUUCUCAAAUUACCCUAGAAAAAGAUACAUUGGACAUGUAUUUCACAACAUACGACGUGAAGCGCCUAGAAAUGUACAGUAAUAAUAUGGCUGAUUAUCAUCUAGUCAUGGAUUUGUUACCAUCUCUAGCCAGACUCUAUUUUCUCCACUUGAUGGGUGACGUUCAUUUCUCACCAGUUCAGUCUGCAAUUCUACUUGGAUUAGGCUUGCAGCAUAAAACCGUUGACAAAUUGGUAGAAGAGCUGGGCCUUCCUUCGUCUCAGCUAUUGGGUUUGUUCAACCGUGUCAUUCGGAGAUCGGUGCAGUACUUGAACAGUGUGGUGGAAAACUUUAUUGAAAAUAAAAUGAUGAAUAAAAUAACAACUAAUACUGGAGUAAAUAUGAACCCUAUGGGUGGAAAAAGUAUGCACGAUGAACUGGAGGAUGCAGCUAAGGAACUGAAAGUUAAACAAAAAGCUGAACUAGACAGGUUGAAAAGAGAGAAUCUAAGUCAGUAUGCUAUAAAAGGUUCAGAAACGGAUUGGGAAAGUGCUCUUUCUGGGAAAAGUAGUCGUGCAAGUCUCAUUUCUGUUAAAACUGCAGACAAAAGAAUAGUUGACGAUGAUUCCAAGGAUUUUGCAAAAAGCGGGCAGAAGAAAAAGAAGAAACGCUUCUCUAAGUAAUACUUCUCGAAUUAUAAGAAAUUACAGAUGUGCAGUGCAUGUAUAUUGAUGAACAUAAAGACACUCCCUCAACCUUUUUCAAAUUCUUUAUUGCGCCAAUACGUAUUAACAAUAUCAUAACAUAGAUAGCAGAAUGUAACUAUUCAAAAUAAUUAUUAUCAACAAUGUACUUUAUACAUUGGCAAAUCAAGUUUCUUUCAUGUUGUAUUGAUCGGGACAAAAGCUUGUUGAGUAAUCGAUUUUUGUUUGUGUUCAAUAUCCCUUGUGCAGUGUGAUUUUUGUUUUGAUGAAACCUUUGAUUGUUACGUUCAUUUUUAUAUUUGUUAUUGUUUUGCCUUGUCUUUUCAAAAUGUUCGAACCUAUGUCUGCUGUCAUUAUUUCUCGUUGUAGAUUUAUCAUUAAUGUGACAGUCAUCAUCUGGGUUUGUUAAGGCUGGAACGCUUACAGGAAUGUUAGUAUCAACUUUUAUUUUUUUAAAAGGAACUUCCUCAGGUCCAUCAUCUGUGGAAGCAAAAUAGCUACUAUAAGAACAAUGGCAAGGUAACAUUAGAUAAAAGAUUUUUAAAAUAUCGUGAAAAUUCUAGAGUUAUCUAAUAAGAUAAAAUAUAAACAUUACAGCAUACUGUAUUACGUAAACUUACCUUCGUCAGAAUCUGUGCCAUAAUCUGCUACCAGACUCAACGAAAAAUUUUUAUUUGCCUCGAGGUUCAUGGUUAGAUCCACUUCAUCACCACCAGAAAUGUGCCCUGUACUUCUUAUGUCCACUUCAUUGUCUGAAUCCUCAAUCAGAGAAUACUCUUCAUCACUCGUCGAUUGCCGUAAGUUUACUUAAACAUCAAGAUUUACAGUAUGUUCAUAAUUCAGUGUAUGAUUUUCUAAAAUUGAAAUUAUACGCAUUUUCCUUGAAAACUUUAAUAUCUUCAUCAAAACUAUGACUUACAAGUGCCUGGAAACAUUUGCAAGCCUCUAUAAAGCUGCGAUUCCAUAGCCUUUGCAGGUACAGGUAAGGCACGUGGUCGUCUACGAGUUUUGCGUCUUGUAACUUUCUUUGUUUCAUUCUUAUGAAUUCUAUUGAUUUCUGUUAUUGAUUUCUUCUCUCUAAUUACUUCAUACCGCUUUUGUUUCUCCAACGCUUCAGCUGCUAGAUGUUUUAUGUUUGCUUUUGUUGGGUAUCGCCUGAAAUCAUAAUUAUGUUUAUGAAAUUUGAUAGUAUCAAGGUUAAGAGAUUAUGUAUCAUUCAAUAUUUGAACAAUAAAUAUUCAAUGUAGCUACCGUUUGCGUUCUGCUAUCCAGUUUUGGAUAUCUUCUGGUGUAGAUAGAUUCUUCAUUCUAUGAUAAAGGCCUGUAGUGUGUUGCAUGCUGAUGUGUUUUUCAACGAGCUUUGGAUGCGCUGAAAAGACACAAUCGUCUAUUCCACAAACUCGAUGUUCCCCCAUGUGCCGAGCAAGGGAUUCCUCUGAUGGGAACUCCCUGUCACAUACCUCACAGUAAUACUCGUGUUCUUCUUCAGAGCUCUGAUAAUUUUCAUCUCUUUCAUCAUAAGCAGAUGUGUCAGCUGAGUAGAGGGUUGCCUAAAAUUCAUAACUUGAAAAAAUUAUUCUCAUUUAGUAAAUCCUUAGGCGAAUUAAAGUGCACUUGGAGUAUAGUACUGACAGAAUCCCCCGAAAUGUGAAAUUGCCUUAGAGUAAACAGGCUCAAGUAACUUCUCUUUGAUGUAAUGGCAGAUGACUCAGUUAUAAAAAAAUGAAAAGAUCUAGCAGUUCUGUAAUCGCACUAUAUUUCAGUAAGUAUUUCUAAGAGCUUCAGAGGUACAAAUAUCUACAUGAACUUUAAGUGAUUCGAAAAGCAUACCUAAUUUAUUUUUUUUUAUUUACACAGGACUGUAUUCAUUGCUUCAAAGUAAAAAUUUGUGUUCUUUAUUUGAGCUCAGAUAAUUGUCUACAGUAUGUAUUAACUGUAACAAUAUGCUUACCAUUGAAUGAGUCAUUUAAUUCUUUUAUCUGGUAGGCUCAUAUUAUUUGUUUCUGAAUGAUGCAAAACUUCAUAAAAUAAGUUACGUAUAAUGCUUAGAGGAGCAAUACCAAUAAGUUGAGCGGUCAGUAUACAGUAGUUACAAUAGAAAUUCAAUAUUUUACCAGCAAUCAAAUACUGCGAUUAAAAAGAGAAUUACAAAAAUAACAAAGUGUUUGUCGCACUUUUAAAGAAUCUUUUUUUUUUUAUUGUACCAAAAAGUACUUUAUCUUCAGCACAGCGAAGGUUAUUAUUCUUGCAAAGAUUAGACAUGCAUAACUGAUUCUUACUGUUGUAUUAAUAAUGUUGAACACAGUAUGUUUUGCAAGAAACUUAAAAUACGAUUAUAUUAGUGGAUUAUUAUAUCAGAUCAGGUAAAUUUACAAUACGUGUUGUUCAAAAAACUAUGGUAUCUUUUGAAACCUCAGAAUAUUAUAAGCAAAAGAUUGGCUACCCAAUAUUAUACUGUGGUAAAUUAUAUAUUUGGUAUUUCAGAAACAGAAUGCUCCUACUUGGGCAAUGUGUGUGUAAAAAUUAUCCAAGUUUUAUAGUAGUGUCUACAUACAAUGUUGAUUGUCAUUAAAGUAAAUUGUUUCAUUUAACAACAAUAAGUGUACUACUUGUUAGAUGUGCCGAAGAGAAACUUCUUGUGCAGCACUUUCAAUUUGUGGAUAAUACAGAGUCAAAAGGAACAACAUGAUUACAAGUUAUAGAAAUAUUUAUUCUUACAUUAUGUUUUUUUAAUACAAAUUUCCUUUCGCUAUUUAUCAUUUGCUUGAAUAAUAUUGGGCCAGUACAAACAGUGAAUUCGAAACACUUUCCAACUGCAAUUGAUAAAUUAAAUACUACAUUCAAAUAAAAGCUACAUGAAAUAAAUUUACAUACAUUACAGUGCUAAAAGCUAUCUAAAUGAAAUAACUGCAGGCAAUUCAUUUAAUCUAGAGUAAUACCCAAAAAUCUAAAUAAUUAAAUCACAAAAACAGAAUCCCCUCAGAAAUUAAUUUUACUAUGUAAUAUCAAUAAAUAUAGCUUGGAGCACUGUAUACUGGCCGCAGAGCAAUUUAGGAGCAUAUUAAUUCAAAAGAAAAAUUGUCUAAAGGCCAGUGUAACUUUGAUCGUUACAUAUAUAGGUAUCUUAGUAAAGUCUUAUGCAUUUCCUUUAAGCAAGAGGUGUAAGAAAAACGUAAACAGGGUUUUAACCAAUACACUAGAUGCUAAUCAAA